AUGGACCCCGCCGAUCAGCCCAACGCAACCCCUGAACCACCUGUCGUCUUUCGAGGCAAGAAGCGCAAGACAUUCCGACAACGAGCCAGUGAAGACGAAGGCGCGAACCACGCAGGUGGCGCACCCGACUCCGGAGACCAGGACAACGCAGGCUCUUCCAGAGAGCCAGAGGCCACGGCCAGCGAUCAGUUUUCGGUCGCCGAGAUCAUACGUCAGCGGAAUGCCCGCAAGGCGCGGUUACGAGGCGUAGGCUUCGGCGCCGACGAUGCGCAAGGUGCCGCGAACGGGGACGAUGAAUUGAGUCUGAUGAUUCGCGAGGAGGAGCAGAAGGCUCAACAGUUGGACCAACCCGUUGGCGGCAUGACGAAGCGUUUCGCUGCCCAGACAGGCCUGUCCAGUGAGCUCGUGAACAAGCACAUGAUGGAAUACAUAGAGACCGAAUUGGCCAAACGAAAGUCAGCAGCUUCACCAAGUCAAUCCACCUCGCUAGGCCCAUCAUCUGAGAGCACCACCAAUGCGACUGCCAACGAGGCGCCCCGCGCCCCAAGAGCAGACCAACACACUUCACUACAAGGGAAUCUGAUGGAGAUUGACCUAGGUGAGGAGGCGCGCAACAGGAACGAGGCCAUGACGGAACGCGCGAGGCGUAGACUGCAAGGCGAGGCCGUCGAGGAUGAAGCGCAAGCUGCAAGGCCCAAGAAGGUCAGAAUAGGGCGGGAUGGCAAACCGUGGCGCUCACGAAAUAGGAGGACAAGCGAUGCCGUCAAGCGUGAUCAGCUCGUGGAGGAGAUCCUACGAGAAAACAGACUCGACGUCUACGAGACACCAACCCCGCCCCCGGCCAGUGCUGCUGGAGAGGCCGAUGAUGACGGCGCUGCGGAUGACCGCAUCGCAGAAGAGUUCAGGCGGGAGUUCAUGGAUGCCAUGGCUCAGAGACAACAGAAGAAGAAGCCAGCCCCUGCCGCUGGAGCCAAGAAGGACGAGGAAGUACUCAAAGGACCAAAGUUGGGCGGCAGCCGCAAUGCAAGAGCUGCUAUGCGCGAUCUGCUACUCAAGAAGGAGAAAGAGGCCAAAAAGUAG